AUGAGUUUGGAGGACACUUUAGCAAACGUGUCACUAUAUGAUGCCAAGAAGUAUUUCCGAAGGGCUCAAAAUGUGGUCUUCAACUAUACAGAUAUGGAAGCCAAAGUUCGUGAAGCUACGAACAACGAACCAUGGGGAGCGUCCACUACAUUGAUGGAACAGAUCUCUCAGGGAACUUACAACAUGCGAGAACGAGAAGAGAUACUUGGGAUGAUAUUUAGACGUCUUACAGAGAAAAGAGCUAAUGAAUGGAGACAGAUUUACAAGGCAUUACAAUUGUUGGACUAUUUAAUCAGACACGCAUCGGAGAGGUUUAUUGAUGACACCAGAAGUAGUAUCAGUUUAAUCAAGAUGUUGGAAUCAUUUCAUUACAUUGAUUCUCAAGGUAGAGACCAAGGUAUUAAUGUUAGGAACAGGGCUAAGGCUUUAGCGGAGUUAUUGAGUGACGAUGAGACCAUCAGAGCCGAGCGUAAGAAGGCAAGAGAGACUGCAAAAAAAUACAAGGGCGUUGCUGGAGGAUCAGCCACUGUGAAUCGCCAAAUGAACCCAAGAGCGGGGUUCAAUUCCACUCGAGUCCAUGGUAUUAGUGUAAGUGCCGAGAGUGAUGAAGAAGAAGAUGAUAUUGUGCCAUCCGGUGCGUUCAGAGACAUUUCUUCGAAGGAACCCUCUGCCACCGCUUCGGCUGAAGUCGUGCUUGCUGCACCUGAAGAUGUUCCGGUCAAGAGUCAUGCCGAAGAGGACGACGAGGACGAGUUUGCUGAUUUCCAAAGUGCUGUGCCAUCCACGGGGACUGAUGCAACCCAUCAAACAAACGAUCAAUAUACACCUGCUGCAAAUUCAUUUGCUGCAGCCCCUCUGCCCGAGAUUUUACCUGCCAUUGCAACUGAGACCAAGAAGUCCGAUCCAUUCAGCUCUCUAUUCUCAACCGCAAAGAAGUCUUCUGACAAUAUAGAGCCGAUUAGGAAAAGUCAAGUUCAGACGCCAAACGCUAUUCAAAUGCCGAACACUGUUGAGAACGACGACGAUGACGAUCUAUUCGGCGAAAUGACGGGAGCAGGUGCUUCACACCAACCCCAGGAGAAGACCGCCACUGCGAAGACAGGGGAAAUUGACCUCUUGAGUUUUUAG